ACUAAAAUCAGUACAUAUAUUGGGGUUAACUCGAGAUGGUAGGCUAAACCUUGACUACAUGCAUUUCAAAAUUAACUGAUAUCCAUUACACAGAAAUCAACGGCAAUAUUUUGCUCCCGAGUACAACACUAUAAAAAGCAUCCAGUAGAUAUAUAGCAAAAUUAAAUACCCAGCGACUGUAACAAUAAGAAAAUACAAGUGUUGGAGUCUCACCACACACACUUUGAUUACUCCAGUGAGGAAUUAAAGAUAAUUAACCUAAAUCAAAUAGAAUAAUAGAUUAAUGUAGUGCAUAUGUCAAACACGUGACCCUUGAAAAAGGCAAUCACGUUCAUUGUAAACUAUACAAUAUGAAUAGGAAAUAAUUAUAAAAAAAAGAAUAGGAAAUAAUUAAGUUAGCUUUUCUAUGAUUAAAUAAUUUCCUUUUAUCGUCAUAAGACUUUAGCUAUAUAUAUGUAUGCCAUAUGAGAACACAUCACAGGGAUCAAUUAAUAUGGCUCCAACGAUAAAAACCAUUGGGGAAUACAAGACUCACCAAGAUUAUUUCGUCGAUUUCUUUGGAGACAAUUUGUUAGUCACUCAAACCGAGACACCCUCCGUCAUCAGGCGAUGGAUCCGAGACGUCGUCUACCGUCACCGUCGCUCGCGUUCUUCUCACCCUCUCGUCGUUGGAGUCGGCGUCCAGUGGACACCGUCAUGGUACUUCUCACCACCGGCGUACGACCGUCCAGCGGAUACACUCCAGCUAUGCGUGGGAACAUCAGUUCUCAUCGUCCAGCUCUCUUACUGUCAGCGCGUCCCCAACAUCCUUCGACGUUUCCUCACGAAUCCCGACACGACUUUUGUCGGUUUCUGGAACAGCCAAGACGUGAGAAAGCUGGAAAUAACGAGACACCAGUUGGAGAUUGGAGAGCUUCUUGAUGUAAGGAAGUACGUCGCAGAUCAACAAGGUAGGAGUCUGAGGGGUCGUUCGUUUGAGGGGAUUGUUGAGGAAUGUAUGGGGCUUGAAGGAGUGAAGCUAGAUCGGAAGAUAAGCAAGAGUGAUUGGAGUGUUGACUACCUCAGCAAAGAGCAGUUAGUUCAGGUGUCAGUAGAUGCUUAUGUUUCUUUCAAGCUCGGUGUUGAUGCUCGUUUAUGGCAAGUUUGAAGACAUGUAUCAAGA